AUGUCUUUCUCCAUCUCUCUUAUCCUCGCAACCGCCAUCUCCGGCGCGAUCCUCUUCCUAUCGACCAUCUCCUCCGCGGCGCCAACUCUCGGCGUCCGUCGUCCAUUCAACAGAAUCUACGCCUUCGGAGACUCUUUCACCGACACAGGAAACUCACGAGCCGGCGAAGGCCCCGCCGGAUUCGGACACUUGUCAAGCUUUCCUUACGGCAUGACUUACUUUAAACGGCCAACGAACCGUUACUCCGACGGUAGACUCACCAUCGAUUUCGUGGCGCAGUCAAUGAACUUACCGUUUCUUCCACCGUAUCUUAGCCUCAGAACAACUAACGGUAGUAACGGCACAUCUACGGAUAGUUACGGCGUUAACUUCGCCGUCUCUGGAGCAACGGUGAUUAAACACGCUUUCUUCGCUGAGAACAACCUGACGCUUGAUAUGACUCCUCAGUCUUUAGAGACAGAGCUUGGCUGGUUCGAAAAGUAUUUGGAGACACUUGGAACGAACCAGAAGGUUUCUCUGUUUAAAGAUUCUCUCUUUUGGAUUGGAGAGAUCGGAGUUAACGACUAUGCGUACACCGUUGGAUCUACUGUGUCAAGUGACACAAUUAGAGAGCUUAGUAUUUCAACCUACACAAGGUUCUUGGAGACACUGUUGAACAAAGGUGUGAGACAUAUGGUUGUACAAGGACAUCCCGCAACUGGAUGCUUGACUUUAGCGAUGUCACUGGCUGCAGAAGACGAUCGAGACUAUCUAGGAUGUGUUCAGAGUGUCAAUAACCAGAGUUACACUCACAAUCUUGCACUGCAAUACAAACUUAAACAACUUCGGAUAAAGUAUCCGAAUACAACAAUAGUCUACGCAGACUACUGGAACGCGUACCGUGAGGUGAUAAAGAACCCUAACAAGUACGGCAUCUCCGAGAAGUUCAAGGCUUGCUGUGGAACCGGAGAACCGUACAACUUCCAAGUGUUCGAGACGUGUGGGUCGGCUACAGCCACGGCGUGUAAGGAACCGAGCCGGUACAUUAACUGGGACGGAGUCCACUUAACCGAGGGCAUGUAUAAGGUUAUGGCUGAUAUGUUCCUUGGUGGAAGUUUCACUCGACCUAAGUUUAGUUACUUGUUAAACAAGAAACCCAAGGGUUUAUGA